AUGGAGCCGGUUACUAGGGAGUUCAAGGACCUGCUUUUCCUCAGCUAUGUAGACGAUACCUAUAUUUUGGGGCCAGCGGCUAGGAUUCUAGAGGCUUUUGGGGUGCUGCGGGAGCGGUUGGAGUGGGUAGGGCUGGAGGUGCAGGCGCACAAGUGCCGGUUUUGGGAGCGCGAGGGCAAGGAGGUGGAGCGAGCACUGCCGUUGGGGAUGCAGCGGGUGGAUGAGGGUCUUACUGUGGUGGGCGUGCCUAUUGGAGAGGAGGUUUGGGAGGACCCCGACCGGUCCAGGCGCGCACGCAUGCAGCUGCAUCUCCCUGUGCGUCUCGGUGGGUUCGGGAUCCGGGCGGCGGCCUCUUUGAGCCCACUGUCCUAUGUUUGCGGGUGGGCGCAGGCCGCGCGGGUCAUUGCACAGUUAGGGGUGGCGGGUGAGGAGGCGAUGUUUGCUGAGUACCUCACCACUUCGACAGGGGCAGAGUUUCUUGACCCGUGGUUUGUCAAGGCUCUCGAGCAGCUGCCAGCGACUAUCCGCCACGAGAUACCGGGCUUACCUCUGCACCAGCAUGGUCCUUCUCGGGUGCAUGAUGAGGUGAAGUUUGCGGUGGCGAAGAUCUCUAAGGCGUCGGGGGGGGUGGUGACAUUGGAGGAUAGUGUGGUACUGCAAAGGAAGCGGGUUGCUGUGGCGGUGCGACGUCCAAUGGCUGGAGAGGCUCACGCCCUAGAGAUCAGCGUCGCGGACCCGCUAUCGCUGUCUCCAUCACUGCUGGGACAGUGCGGGCGUCAAAUAGGUGUGGCGGCAAGGGAAUGGGAGCGUCGCAAAACGAGUGAUUACGCGCCUCUGCUUGCACGCAACCGGGGCGUGCAGUUCACCCCUUUGAUAGUUGAGACGUGGGGGUGUCUCGGCGGUCGUUUUGAGCGGUGGCUUCGUCAGCAGGGGGAUGCGCACGUGGAGCUAGCUGUGUCGCGGGGGGCUUGUCGAGAGGACGACUCUGUGUUUUCGGCUUAUCUUUUAGGGUCACUGAAGGCGCUCAUCGGGGUGGCGUUACAACGUGCGCAAGCCCGUGUCAUCCUGCUUCGAGCGGCGUCUUCCAUGGGGGGGAUUAACGUAGAUUUGGCGGAUCGGGAGAGGGACGAUGUCGAUGUGGAAGGCGGGGCUCUCUGGGUGGAGGCCCCGUACAUGUCUCCCGCCACAUCCGCGCAAUUCCUCGGGCGCUCUUCCGUCGACGCGCAUUCUUCCGCGCAGGCCAACCCCGCGGAGAUGGUGGCGGAGGCGGAAGCCCUGGACGGGUCUGGUACCGCCACUUCUCCUAUUACCACGAACGGCGCUGAUUUCGCCGAGAUGCGCCGGCGCGUGGGCGCCACGAGCCCGGAUAUUCUGCACGAGAUCGACGGUUGGGAUGAGCCGAGACGAGUCGAGGCGUAUCGUGUGAUUGGGGAGAUGGAGGCGGAGGCGAAGCGACGGCUGCAGAUCAUGCCAGGUGGGUGA